CAUUAAAUAGCGCCAGGGGGGUCCUUUUGUACAAAAAAGGAGACCUGUCAGCUCUAUGACUUUGGAGUCCACGAUCCCUGCAGGUCUCGGAGCAGGGCACAUGGGUCUGCGAGAGCAGGGAGACCCUUGACCGGAGGGCCCAGGACCCUGAGGUCGGGGGACCGCAGGCCUCAGUUUCCCAGCUCCAGAGGCAGCUUUGAGAGGGCGGAGAGAUGGUUGGUCCCGCCCCCUGCCGCCCAACCCGGCCCUCCGGCCCCCCGCCCCCCCACCUACUGCCGGUGUGGUGGGCGAGGCUUCAGCGUAGUCCCUUCUGGGCCCCGCCCGGCUCUGACGUUACGGUGGGCGGAGCCUUCCUCGCCCUGCUUUGGCUGUGGACGGCCCGGCCCUAGCCCUGACGUAACGGGGGCGGCCCCGCCGAGCCCCGCCCCUUCCCUGACGUCGCGGUGGGCGGAGCGCCACCCCCGGGCCUGGCAGUGCUGUUCGGUGCGGCGGAGCGCGCGGAGUGAUCGGCGCGGCCAUGCGGAAACCGAACCCGAGCCCAAGCCUGAGCCCGAACCCGAGCCCGAUCUCCGGCGCGGCGCGGCUCCCCCGACGGAGGCGACGGGCGCGGGGCGCGCUCUGAGGCCUGGGGAUGCGCCGCCGCCUCGACCAUGGGCGCCGUCGCCUCCCGGAGGAGGGCGCUGCGGAGCGAGGCCAUGUCCUCGGUGGCGGCCAAAGUGCGAGCAGCCCGAGCGUUUGGCGAGUACCUGUCCCAGAGUCACCCCGAGAAUCGAAACGGUGCAGACCACCUGCUGGCUGACGCCUACUCUGGCCACGACGGGUCCCCCGAGAUGCAGCCUGCCCCCCAGAACAAGCGCCGCCUCUCCCUCAUUUCCAACGGCCGCUAUGAGGACAGCCUCCCGGAGGAGGCCGUCAGUGGGAAGCCGGCCGGCGAGGGCCCCCAGCCCCGUGUGUAUACCAUCUCCGGGGAGCCGGCCCUGCUUCCCGGCCCGGAGGCCGAGGCCAUCGAGCUGGCUGUGGUGAAGGGGCGGCAGCAGCGGGAGCGGCACCCCCGCCACCAUAGCCAGCCCCUGCGCACCAGCCCGGGCGGCAGUCGUGAGGACGUCAGCAGACCCUGCCAGAGCUGGGCGGGCAGCCGCCAGGGCUCCAGGGAAUGUCCUGGAUGUGCCCAGCUCGCCCCCAGUCCUUCCCCUCAGGCCUUUGGGCUGGACCAACCGCCUCUGCCUGAGGCCGCCAGCCGCCGCAAGAAGCUGGAGAGGAUGUACAGCGUUGACCGUGUGUCUGAUGACAUCCCCAUCCGUACCUGGUUCCCCAAGGAAAACCUCUUCAGUUUCCAGACAGCAACCACAACUAUGCAAGCGGUGUUCAGGGGCUACGCGGAGAGGAAGCGCCGGAAACGGGAGAAUGAUUCCGCGUCUGUAAUCCAGAGGAACUUCCGCAAACACCUGCGCAUGGUCGGCAGCCGGCGGGUGAAGGCCCAGACGUUCGCCGAGAGGCGCGAGCGGAGCUUCAGCCGGUCCUGGAGCGACCCCACCCCCAUGAAAGCCGACACUUCCCACGACUCCCGAGACAGUAGUGACCUGCAGAGCUCGCAUUGCACCUUGGGUGAGGCCUUUGAGGACCUGGACUGGGAGACGGAGAGGGGCCUGGAGGCUGUAGCCUGUGACACUGAGGGCUUCGUGCCACCCAAGGUCAUGCUCAUCUCCUCUAAAGUGCCCAAAGCUGAGUACAUCCCCACCAUCCUCCGCAGGGACGACCCCUCCAUCAUUCCCAUCCUCUACGACCACGAGCACGCCACCUUCGAGGACAUUCUGGAGGAGAUAGAGAAGAAGCUGAACGUCUACCACAAGGGGGCCAAAAUCUGGAAGAUGCUGAUUUUCUGCCAGGGCGGCCCAGGACACCUGUACUUGCUCAAGAACAAGGUGGCCACGUUUGCCAAAGUGGAGAAGGAAGAGGACAUGAUCCACUUCUGGAAACGGUUGAGCCACUUGAUGAGCAAAGUGAACCCGGAGCCGAACGUCAUCCACGUCAUGGGCUGCUACGUCCUGGGGAACCCCAACGGGGAGAAGCUGUUCCAGAACCUCAGGACUCUCAUGACCCCUUACAGGGUCACCUUCGAGUCCCCCCUGGAGCUGUCAGCCCAAGGUGCCAGUCCCACCCCCAUGGGGCUGACAUGGAAGGAACGGGCCUUCACAGCCCUGCUGGGGGCUGCAGUGGUCUCAGGCCUCACCACGCUCAUUCUCUUCCUGGUGGAGGCCACCAACGUCCUCCUGCCCGCAGACACCAAGUUCGGGAUCGUGUUCGACGCUGGGUCCUCCCACACAUCACUCUUUGUGUAUCAGUGGCUGGCAAACAAGGAGAAUGACACAGGUGUGGUCAGCCAGGCCCUGGCCUGCCGGGCGAAAGGGCCUGGCAUCUCUUCCUACGCCUCUGACCCUGCACAGGCUGGCGAGAGCCUGCAGGGCUGCCUGGAGGAGGCGCUGGCACUGAUCCCAAAGGCCAAGCAUCAGCAAACGCCCAUGUUCCUGGGGGCCACAGGCGGCAUGAGGCUGCUCAGCCAGAAGAACAGCUCUCAGGCGGAGGACGUCUUCACAGCGGUCAGCCAGGCCCUGAGCCGGUCUCCCGUGGCCUUCUGGGGUGCUGAGCUCCUGGCUGGGCAGGACGAAGGGGCCUUAGGUUGGGUCACCAUCAACUACGUCCUGGGCCUGCUGGUGCAGGUGCCACAGACGGCCCCAGGGUGGGAGGGGCGCCUGGGGGGGGUCAUCGUGGCCGGCCCCAGGGUGGGAGAGGCACUCGGGGGGGUCAUCGCGGCCCCAGGACUCAGUGUCCCCUGUCUGUGGUCAGUACUCCUUCUCCGGAGAAUGGAUCCAGCCUCUGGAGGGGACGUUGGUGGGCGCCCUGGACAUGGGUGGGGCCUCCACCCAGAUCACCUUUGUGCCUGGAGGCCCCAUCCUGGACACCACCACCCAGGCCACCUUCCGCCUCUACGGCACAGAACACAGCGUCUACACCCACAGCUACCUCUGCUUCGGGCGCGACCAGAUGCUGAACCGGCUCCUGGCCGGGCUGGUGCAGGUGGGCUGCUCUGCGGGAGGAGGGCGGGGCACCCUGCCAGGCGGGUGCUCAGAGGUGCCCCCACCCUCCCCGCAGAGCAGCCCGAGCCUCCUGGUGCGUCACCCCUGCUACCACAGCGGCUACCGGGGCACGCUGGCCCUGGCCCCCCUGUACGGGUCGCCCUGCGUCCAGGCCGCAGCCCCCCGAGACCUCGGCCAGAACCUCACUGUGGAGGGGACGGGGAACCCCGGGGCCUGUGUCGCCGCCAUCCGGGGUCUCUUCAACUUCUCCAGCUGCGACGGCCGAGGAGACUGCGCCUUCGACAGCGUCUACCAGCCCCCCGUGCGGGGACAGUUCUACGCCUUCUCCAACUUCUACCACACCUUCCACUUCCUGAACCUCACCUCCAGGCCGCCGCUGGCCACGGCCAAUGCCACCAUCUGGGAGUUCUGCCAGAGGCCCUGGAAGCUGGUGGAGGCGAGCUCGCCCGGGCAGGACGGCCAGCUGCGCGACUACUGUGCCUCGGGCCUGUACAUCCUCACACUCCUGCUCGAGGGCUACGGGUUCAGCCAGGAGACCUGGGGCGGCAUCGAGUUCCGCGAGCAGGCCGGUGGCACCGACAUCGGCUGGACGCUGGGCUACAUGCUGAACCUGACCAGCCUGAUCCCAGCCGAGGCGCCCGCCCAGUGGCGGGCACAGAGCUAUGGCGUCUGGGUGGCCGGAGUCGUCUUUUUGGUGCUGACCCUCACGGCCAUUCUUGGGGCCACUGUGGUGCAGCUCUGGCUCCGGGACUAGGCUGGCUGCCACCUGGUGCUGGCAGGCAGAGGCCUGAGCUGGCUGGAGCCUUCCUGAGCCCCGACCCCCAAGGCUCGCCCUGUGGGCUCUGGGCCCAUGGUCACGUGGCCCCCUUUUGCCGUUGGGGUCAUUCUGGCCACGGAGGCUGUACCGUGGCCCCGACCAUGGCCUUCAGGUGCUGGCGCCCCAGCGGGUUUCCCAUGUUGCACGAGGGCUGGGCCAUCGCGACCCCUGCAGCCCUCAGGGCUGUGUGACUGCAGACCUACGGGUUCAGGGCCAGGCCAAGCCUGGGGGUAGGGGUGACUGCUGGAGGUAGAGGGCCCGGCUCUUUGGGAGGGGCCGGCAGCGGGCCCUGGCCUCUCCAGGAGCUGGCAGAGCCAGUGUUCAGGCUCUGUGGGCUCUUCCCAGAGCGGCCACCCCACACCCUCGGAAGCCUCAGUCAGGUCCCCUCAGUGGCCAAGCCCAGAAGACGGACCACACCUUGGGGGGCAGGUCGCCUUUAUUAAACCCUCCUUGCCAC